AGUAGCUAAGAUCGGCAGUUCCCUUUUCGCGCGUUCCGGUCAGCAAGAAGAAAGCGGCGGGAACGCCGGGAAGAAGAAAAGGGAGAUCGCGCGAAGGUAUUGGGGAAUUGGCAGUUCCUUUUCCAUCCCCUGCAUUUCCCAAUGGAGAGUUUGGUCUUCUCCCGCACGCCGUCCCUCUCAUAUUCCCUCUUUUCCCAUCACCUCACCUCGCCAAAGUGCAGACGAACGCACCUUAGUCCUCCUCUUCCUUCCCCUUCCCUCCCUUCUCUCUGCAACUCCCUCCGACUCUCGCCCUUCCCUCGCCGGGAAUUCCGAUUCCCUUUGUCCCCGAACUCGUCUCCCACCCGGUUUAGGAUCAAAGCUUCCGCCCAGAAGACUGAUUCUCCGCCGGCGGCAGCGGCACCGGAGGGCGCGAAGUUAGUGCCUUUCGUGAUAUCGGUGGCGAUCGGGCUUCUGGUGAGAUUUGCUGUGCCGAAGCCGGUCGAGGUAUCGGCGCAAGCAUGGCAGCUUCUGGCAAUCUUCCUCUCGACGAUCGCGGGGUUGGUUCUCGGCCCCCUGCCCGUCGGGGCUUGGGCGUUCAUUGGCCUGACGACUGCGGUGGCCACCCAGACGCUCCCCUUUGCGGCGGCGUUCGGCGCAUUCACCAGCGAGGUUAUCUGGCUCAUUGUCAUCUCUUUCUUCUUCGCCCGAGGCUUCGUGAAGACGGGGCUCGGGGACCGCAUCGCCACUUACUUCGUCAAGUGGCUCGGCAGCAGCACGCUCGGGCUGUCGUACGGGCUCACCAUCAGCGAGACGUUGAUCGCACCGGCGAUGCCGAGCACGACGGCUAGGGCCGGCGGGGUCUUCCUGCCCAUCAUCAAGUCUCUGGCGCUCUCUGCGGGAAGCAAGCCUGGGGAACCCUCUGCAAGGAAAUUGGGUUCCUAUUUGGUCCAAUCGCAGUUCCAGUCAGCAGGAAAUUCUAGUGCUCUUUUCUUAACUGCCGCAGCACAGAACCUACUCUGCCUAAGAUUGGCUGAAGAACUUGGUGUAAAAAUUGCCAGUCCCUGGGUUUCCUGGUUUAAAGCUGCGAGUUUACCUGCAAUUGUUUCUCUACUCGCUACUCCUUAUUUGCUUUACAAAAUCUUUCCUCCUGAAACCAAAGAUACUCCCAAUGCACCUGCUUUGGCAGAACAGAAACUGAAGGAGAUGGGGCCUGUUACGAAGAAUGAAUGGGUGAUGGUUGGCACAAUGAUCCUUGCAGUCUCUCUAUGGAUAUUUGGAGAAUCUAUUGGUGUAUCUAGUGUUGUGACUGCAAUGCUUGGUUUGUCUGUCCUUUUGCUUCUUGGGGUGCUGAAUUGGGAUGAUUGCUUGACCGAGAAGUCAGCCUGGGACACAUUGGCUUGGUUUGCUGUCCUUGUUGGAAUGGCUGGUCAACUAACAAACCUUGGCAUUGUAUCAUGGAUGUCAAGUUGUGUGGCAAAGUCACUUCAGACCUUCUCAUUAAGUUGGCCUGCUGCAUUUGGUGUUCUUCAGGCUGCGUACUUCUUGAUCCACUAUCUAUUUGCAAGUCAGACGGGCCAUGUGGGUGCUCUGUAUUCUGCAUUUUUGGCCAUGCACUUGGCAUCAGGGGUACCUGGUGUUCUGGCAGCUCUUGCACUAGCCUAUAACACUAACCUUUUUGGUGCACUAACACACUAUAGUAGUGGGCAAGCUGCUGUAUAUUUUGGAGCGGGAUACGUGGAGCUUCCUGAUGUUUUCAGGGUGGGGUUCAUUACUGCUGUCAUAAAUGCUCUGAUUUGGGGCACGGUGGGGACCUUCUGGUGGAAGUUCUUGGGUCUCUUUUGAAUUCUCUGAUCCUGUAGCUUGGCAUCCAGUGGUCGGAGACCGAAUAAAUUCAAAGAGUUCCGAGCAGAGCACAUUUGCACUUCAACUGCAACUGACUUGUUUCGUCAUUCAGAGUUCAUUUCUGUCGUCAGUCAUCAAUUCUCAUGGUCACAUAUUGGGUCAAUCGUCACAAGCCAUGCAGUGCUCCAGAGGCGAUGAUGACACUCUCAUUCAGACCGCCCCUGAGUGUGACGACUGAAGAGCCUGGUAGCUUGAGUGCAUUUGGGUCUAGCUUGAAAUUUUUACAUCCGAACAGAAGGAUGGGAGAUCUUAGUCAUUGAGAUCUGAUGGAUUCUUGAAUUUGAUGCCGGGUAGUUAUUCUGAUGCCAUUUUUGUACUGGCCCAUCUUGCUCGAAAAUCAGCAGAUUAAUAUAUUUUUAUUUUCAGUCUUUA